GGGAAAUGUAGUUAAAUUCAAUAAAAAAAGGUGUUACAAAACCUAGCUUAACGAACACCAGUGUGCUUCUUCUCGUAACUGGGCUGCUAAAACAUUAGCUACUUCGUCUGCCGUUUCUUUUGCUUAGCUUCAAAUCUUUGCCAGAACUUGGUUUUAUUGAUUGCAUGUUGCACUGUCUGUGGAGAAGCUCAUCUUUCUCCCCCGCACCAAGGCGACUCUUGAGGCUUGGUGACCACAGUAGUCAUAAACCCACUUCAGGAUUCUCCUCCCCGAGCAAGUCAUUCACCAGUCAAACCAUCAUGUCAGACAAAAAACGCAAAUCAACAUCUUCAGCUGCUGCUGCUGGUAAAGAGCCCAGUGCUAAGCAGCAGAAGUUGGCCCCCGCGAAGAAGGAAAAGAAGGAGAGAGCUGAGGGCUGGCUGCAGGACCUUGUGAAGCAGCAGAGGACAGAGAAGAAGGAAAUGAAAUUCAACCAGAAGCGCCUCCGCUUUAUAACUGACACAAAGCAGGCAAAGCCAGGCUCAGAGGGUGUACUGUACUGGAUGUUAAGAGACCAUAGAGUACAAGAUAAUUGGGCCCUGAUCCAGGCCCAGCGGCUUGCUUUGGAAGAGAACCUUCCUCUGCACAUCUGUGUCUGCCUGUUUGUCCCGAAAUCAGAACUGUCUACUCUGAGACAUUACAGCUUUAUGCUAAAAGGUCUGAAAGAAGUUGCAAAGGAAUGCAAGACCUUAGACAUCCAGUUCCACUUGCUGCAUGGUUCGGCGGGGGACGUUCUCCCUGGCUUUGUGUCUGACCACGGACUGGGGGCAGUAGUGACAGACUUCUCCCCCCUCAGAGAGCCACUGCAGUGGUUGGAGGAUGUUAAAAAGGCACUUCCAAAGGACAUUCCCCUCAUACAGGUUGAUGCCCACAAUAUUGUUCCGUGCUGGGUAGCAUCACCUAAACUUGAGUACGCCGCCAGGACGAUCAGAGGAAAAAUCACCAAGCUUUUGCCAGAGUUCCUCACAGAGUUUCCUCUGGUAGAGAAACACCCGUACACAGCUACUGCAGCAGCCAAACCAGUAGACUGGGACAAAAUCCUGGCCUCCCUGCAGGUUGACCGGUCAGUUGGCGAGCCGGAGUGGGCAGAGCCAGGCACCAAUGGAGGGAUGGCCAUGUUGGAGUCCUUCAUUGAUGUACGCCUGAAACUGUUUGACACCCAACGCAAUGACCCAAACGCUGCUGCCCUCAGCCAGUUGUCCCCCUGGAUCCGCUUUGGCCACCUGUCAGCCCAGCGCGUGGCACUGCAGGUUCAGCACAGUGGCAAGUCUUCAGGGCUUUCUGUCUCCUCCUUCAUUGAGGAGCUGGUGGUGCGCAGGGAGCUGACCGACAACUUUUGCUUCUACAACAAGAAAUACGACUGCGUGGAGGGUGCGUAUGAGUGGGCUCAGAAGACUUUGAAAGAUCAUGCCAAAGAUAAGAGGCCAUAUCUCUACACACGUGAACAGCUGGAGAAAGCGGAGACUCAUGACAAGCUCUGGAACGGUGCUCAGAACCAGAUGGUCACUGAGGGGAAGAUGCAUGGUUUCUUGAGGAUGUACUGGGCCAAAAAGAUUCUGGAGUGGACUUCUUCCCCUGAGGAGGCACUCUCAAUCGCUCUAUACCUAAAUGAUCGCUAUGAGCUGGAUGGCCAGGACCCCAAUGGCUUUGUUGGUUGUAUGUGGUCUAUUUGUGGCAUCCAUGAUCAGGGCUGGGGAGAGAGAGCUGUUUUCGGAAAGAUCCGCUACAUGAACUACAAAGGCUGCCUGCGGAAGUUUGACGUAGCCCGGUUUGAGAGAAAGUACUGUCCCAAAAACCUUUGAAGCCUAAAAUGCCUUUCUUGCAGAGGAUGUUUUGUUCUCCACUGGCAGUUUCUUUUACUGAAUAUUCAGACAUUCAUAAUUUAACUUUAUGUUAUGAACUGUUGUGCCUACUUAGUAAGCAUAAAGGGUUUUAUGCUACUUUUGUAUUACUGUUUUUUUUGUGGGUUGUAUUUUUUUAAUGUUAAUUAAAUUGUAUAUUCCACAAAAGAUGCCUUGUUUAUCAUAAAUGUUUCAACAAGAGGAACUCUGAGGACUUCUUUCUUAAAAUCCCUCUUUUCAUACCAAACCAUUUUCUGUUCUGAUACUUGUAUUAUAAUUUCUUUAUCCAUUACAGUUCUCCAGCUGUAAUUUAUCUGUAACACCUGAAUACCACAUAUAUUGCCUAAACAGACUUGUAUGAUUAUUCUUUACUCAAAAGUAAACAUUCACCCA